CGGGCGCAAGAGAAUUUACCACCAAGGCUUUGUAUUAGCCGUUGUUUUCUCUCUCUCGUCCUCGUCAUUAAAAAGCAACAUAUAGGCAGGGCAACGCGGCGGACGACGCAUAAAUAUAUAAACCUAUAUAGGGGUUUCUGUAGGAAAGAAAAGAGGGAAUAAGAGAUAGGAGAGUAAGUAUCCUCGAGGAGCUGCUCUCCGCUGCAAUUGCCCUGCUGCAGUUGCGUUUUUCCCGAGGCGGCUUCACUCCGAGUGCGUGAAGAGCAGCCGAUAAAAGAGGAGAGGCGCUCCGUUUCUAGAGGUAUCAUCACACGUCAACCACGUCAAAGAGUCAAAGAUAAAAGAGAAGCACAAUGGGUCUGACAAUCAGUAGUAUUUUCACAAAAAUAUUUGGCAAAAAGCAAGUACGUAUUUUGAUGGUAGGUCUCGAUGCUGCUGGUAAGACGACAAUUUUGUAUAAGCUGAAACUUGGAGAAAUCGUUACGACAAUACCCACAAUUGGUUUCAACGUCGAGACCGUUGAGUACAAGAAUAUCUGUUUCACUGUGUGGGAUGUGGGCGGUCAAGAUAAAAUCAGACCCCUUUGGAGGCACUACUUCCAAAACACUCAAGGUCUUAUCUUUGUUGUUGAUAGUAAUGAUCGUGAGCGUAUAGGGGAAGCUGAGCGUGAGCUUGCUAACAUGUUGAAAGAAGAUGAAUUGAGGGAUGCGGUAAUACUCGUCUUUGCCAACAAGCAGGACCUUCCCAAUGCUAUGGUGGCGGCCGAGCUUACAGAAAAACUAGGCUUAAACUCGUUGAGAGGUCGUCGUUGGUUUAUUCAGAAUACCUGUGCCACUAAGGGAGAGGGAUUGUACGAAGGUCUUGAGUGGCUGAGCAACGAACUUGCCAAAAAGUGAUGAGGCUCUGCUGCAAAGUCUACCUCUUUAAUUGUGAUGCGUGUGUAUGUCAUCUUGAAGAUUUUCAAAGGGAGAAUAGAGACACUCUUUUUUGAUAAAAGAAUCAACACCUAAUGAAUUUCAAGUUCUUUUUUAUAAAGAAAACAUAAAAAAAAGAGAGGGAUCACUUGAAAAUUAAACUUUUCCACGUUUUAUAAGCUUUUUCACCAUCUACUGGUCAAUGAAGUUAUUCCUAUAUUGUUUCUGUUAAUCACUUUAAUCUAAACAAAUGGAGCAAUCUUGAUUCUUUGAUGAUUGAUUGAUCCAAAAAUGUCCGCAAAAUUAUAUAAAAUAACGUAACUUUUUUUCAUAUUUUUAAUUGUAUUUUUUAGGCUAUAGUGAAAUUAUUUUAAGACAAUAAAAAACCAAACUAAGCAAAACUCGUUUGAAUUAUUAAAAGAGUAAGAACUGUAUUGUUGUAUUGAAAGUAAAAAUCUCGUUAAUGUGCAAAUAUGUAGAAUUAUGUUUUUUUUUAAUCUUUCUGAUUCAUUUAUAUGCACAACAAAUAAAUACAAAUUUAAUAAAAUAA